CGCAGCCAGAGAGCGCGCGGUCACCGGGCUGUUCAAGGUAAAGACAACAGGAAGCGUCCCUGCGGUGCGUUCAGGUGCAGCUCUCCAGCUCAGAAAUGUCACAACCACGGAUUUUUUACUAAUGCCAAAGGAGAAUAUGACAGACCUGGAGAACGGCAUGGUUACCAUCAUCCAAGUGUUUCACAAAUACUCGGGUCAUAAAUGCAAGCUGAAGAAAGCAGAGCUUAAAGAGCUUAUCAACAAUGAGAUGAGUCACUUUAUAAUGAAAAUACACGAGAACGAAACCCUGGAUGAGCUCUUCGCAGACCUCGACCAGAACGGAGACCUGGAGAUUGACUUCCAAGAGUUCAUUACCCUCAUUGCCAUGGUCACCUCAGCAUGCCAUCAACUCUUCAAUCCAACACUAUAAUUAAUAGUGAGAAUGUGUACCUAUUACCCAUUAAAGAUCUGAGGAACAUAGAAACCGUGUAUUUUAUUUUUGGUCGGACUGAAUAUAAGCUGAGAAAAUGUUGACCCACAUCGUCAAAAUUGAUUGUACAGUCUAUAAAAUAUAUAAAUCAUGGCAACACAUGAAGAAUCAUGCAUUCACUACAAUAUUUACAUAUUGCAGAGUGAAAGC